ACACAUUUUUGUGUAAAAACAUCUCACUCAGUGAGGUCAGUCAGAAGGAAGAACUUGUUUAUUGUGUUUGUGACUAUUUAGUAAAGAACAUAAUUCAGUAAUCAGAAGUCAUGACAGGCUUCAACCGUCCUGCAGCCAUUGCAGUGCCAGUAGUAGUAGGCGUUGCAGUAGUAGCUGUAACAGCAGUACUUGCCAAAAUUUUCCUUUUCGGCAAGAAAAAGUCGGCCAAGAUCACUCUUAAAGAUCCCAAUGUGAAAGUUCCACUAAAAUUGGUUGACAAAGAGGAGAUAAGUCAUGAUACCAGAAGAUUUCGAUUCGCUCUUCCUUCACCAGAACAUAUUCUUGGUUUACCUGUUGGACAGCAUAUCUACCUGACAGCUCGUAUUGAUGGUCAGUUGAUUAUCAGACCCUAUACACCAGUAUCUAGUGAUGAUGAUAAGGGCUUCAUGGAUCUAGUUGUUAAGAUAUAUUUUAAGAAUGUUCAUCCUAAGUUUCCUGAUGGUGGUAAGAUGUCACAACAUCUAGAGAGUAUGUCUAUUAAUGAUUAUAUAGAUGUUAGAGGACCCAAUGGUUUAUUGGUUUAUGAAGGAAAAGGUACCAUGAAGAUCAGAGCUGACAAGAAAUCUGAACCAGAAACUAAAGUUGCUAAGAAAUUAGGAAUGAUUGCUGGUGGUACAGGUAUAACUCCAAUGUUACAGCUGAUUAGACAAGUAUUUAAAGAUCCUGAAGAUAAGACUGAACUCUGGUUGUUAUUUGCUAAUCAGACUGAGAAAGAUAUUCUAUUGAGACCAGAGUUAGAAGAUAUCCAACAAUCUCAUCCUUCUAGAUUUCACCUGAGUUAUACUCUAGACCGCCCUGAAUCUACUUGGACUCAUUUUAAAGGAUUUGUUGAUGGUGAUAUGAUUUCUAAGAGUCUUCCACCACCUGGAGAUGAUACUAUCAUUGUUAUGUGUGGUCCUCCACCAAUGAUUAACUUUGCUUGUAUCCCUAACUUGGAUAAACUAGGAUACUCUCAAAGUAGUAGAUUCAGUUAUUAAGUCUCUCUGCUUUACUUAACUCACUCUAUUGUUAAUUUCUUAGGUUUUGUAAUGUACUAAGAAACUAUUCGUGGACAAAACCACAAAAUAUUAAAUACAGAAUAUAUAUUUCUAUGGCAUAUUCAGAAAACACAAUAUCCUGGUAUUUCCAGUGAAAAGUUGCAACAAUUAUAUAGAGAUUUAUUCAAUAAGUUGCAACCUUCCUGUGAACAUUUCCACGGAAUAGUUCAUCAUGAACAGAUGCCACAUUUACUUUAGGUAGGUUUAACAUUCACUCUGAAUGGGCACAAGAUUUCCAAUGAUUAGUUAUAACAGUUCAUUUGUUAAAAUUUAGACAAGAUUGAUAUGAUAGAUUGAUGAUUUUAAAAUCUUUUGUUUUGUAAUAGUUGAAAUUUAUUUAGAAAUUAUUGUUUUGUUUGAAAAGAAUAAACCUGUCACAUUUCGUUUAAUAUGAGUUUCGUGUGUCAGUAUAGUUGUAUUUUGUUAAGUGUUAGAAUAAAAUUUAAGGAGAUGAAAUCUUACAGCAAGAAUUUUAGAGAAAGAGUUAAGCAUAAUUAUACUGAAUUGAUUCUAUCAAUGAAUCCGGGUAUAGAAUAUCAUGUGACAUAAUAACCUUGUAUAUGAGGCAAAUAUUGUGAAUUAUUUGUUAAAGGAGUUUGGCAGUCAAUAGCUCAUGUAUUUGAAGUCUUGUCCAUAUCAACAGCUAGUUUUGAAGUAGGGGUUGACUAAGUUUUCCGUUCGAUCAUUUAACACCUCCUUAUCUAGCUUUCAAUGUUGAUGCAAAUUGUAUUGCCCAUAAAUGUGUUGAGAAAUCAGCCAUGCUCUCUAUUAUUCAAUUUUAUUUAAAAGGGCAUUCCUCUUAUUUUGUAAAAAGUUUUCAUUAUCAGAAACGUUGUAGAUUGUACCUGAAAAUAUUUCUAAUGUAUGCUAUUUAUAUCUAUGUAUCUACUUGAUAAAACUAAAUUUGUUUUAAAAAGGUUUAAUAAAAAACGGAGAGUACUAAUUGUUAAUUAUGCAGUUUGACCAAAUUUUGUUACUGGGCUUAAUAUUUUUUGUUGAAACAUUUAGAAUAUGUAGGAGACAUAUUUAGCUCAAAUCCUUACAGUAGUUUUCAAACAGCUUCCAAAAAAGCAUAACAAACUUAAAAAGUUUACAUGAACUCUUUAAAUAGUUUUGGUGUUAAAAAAUAAACGUCUGAAUUUUUUAAGUUAAAACUUGCAGAUACAUUAUGGGCCUCUCUUAUCUAGAUUGUGGUGAAUAGUAUUGACAAAUUUGAGCAUAAAAUUUUUUCAACCUACAGAAAAAGCAGGAUGUCCCUUUAAGAAGAUUAGUUUGUCUUUCAGUUACAUAUUAGUAUAAUAACUUAUUUUGUAGGAAGACUGUAAAAGUUUGCUAAUUGACUUACGGACACUAUUUCAAUAAUAGUAUGUGAAGCAUGGGUAAUGCAAUGAAUUGUAUAUUGAUAAUAGUGCCUAUUAAAUACCGGUAUAUAUAUUAGUAAUGGAUUAGUAAAAUAUAUAAAUAUCUUAAAUAUAGUGCUUUUAUAGGUAGAUUGGUGCAUUUUUUUAAUUAUAUAAGUUAUCUGUGUUAUUACGAUUUGUUAAAUGUUAUGAAAUUUGAUAAAAUCUGUUGAUUAAUUGACUAUAGAACUGGUUGAUUGCUUAAUUCAAAAAUUGAUAAAUGUCACGAAGUUAUUAGAUUUAUCAUGUGAAAAAUCGAAAACUGUCCCUGCAAUUUUCCGUAAAAAAAAGUGUUCAGGGUAUAUGAAUAUUGUUUUUAUUUUUAUGAAUCUGGAUUUGGUUAAUAGAGUGUGGAACUUCAAAGUGUUAAAUUUGUAUGUGGCUUAAAACUUUAUAACUGAUGUACAAGUCUGUUGUUAUUUUUGAUGAGUGCUAUAUCUUUCCUGAAUUAUAUAUUCUGUUGAAUGCUUGAAUAGCUUUUAUGUAUAAAUGCUACUGAUUUCAACAUUAAAAGUUCUAAAAAAAAC